AUGUCGCCCAACGACUCCAAGCAUACGAUGGACACGCGGCGAACAAGCCAACCGUCGACGGUCAUGGUCAACAUUGCCGAGUCUGAGGAGGAUCCUCGCCGUUUCCACAUGGAAGUCAACCAGGCCCAGAUGCAAUCGAGGCACCUGAACCCGAAAGACUACCCCCUUUACCACAAGCCUACGCCGCCGGAGCUGCUCGCCUUCACCUACAACGUGCCUAGCAGUGAGGCCCAGGACGACACCGAGCCUGCACAUGUGGUAAGACCCCUUGCUUCCAUCAAAGUCGCCUUUGCUAACCUGACGGAGCGCACUGAUAAACCCAGAUCAUCCAUCGAGCGAACGACGCCGGGGUCUCCCAAGAUCUUGCCCGCACGCGAUGCAUCGAUUGCCCGUGCCUCGCGCGCCGACUCCCGAUCGCCUUCAGAAGCAUACCCCCGUCGCCCGCGAUCGAGUCGACAAGUACCCGGGCCAACGGACGGGUACCCCAAACAACAAGAUCUGGGCAGCCAGCUUCGGUCUGCUGCUCAAAAGCUACGUGGAGCAUCCGGGGAAGCGAGCACGACGCGCCGAUCGUCUCGUCAGCCCCGGUCCACAUCUAGCUUCUUGGCUACUCCUGAUGCCACGAGCGAACAGAAUUCAUCGUCUGCCAUCGAGCAAGGCCUCACAUCCCGCCCCCGACUUGGCUUGGGUGCUGAGCAGUUUGGCAGCCCUAGAGCGAGCAACACGGCUGCGAACUUUGGUAGCAACGUUGCCACCCCACCUAUCACGGACGCAGACGCCGAGCCUUUUGAAGAUGGCGAGGAUCACCAUUCUACCCGGGGUCUACUCCAUCAUCCUCGGCCCAGCAUUGACGUCGUCGCGGCUCAAGAUGCUAGUCUCCCUAGUCCAAGGCUAUCUCCUACGCUUGCAACUUCCCAACCGAACACCUCGAGCCAGGAGCAAGGGGGCGAAAGCGGUGACACCAGCUUCGCGACGAGCUCUUUCGCACUGGGCAAAUGGGACAGCGGCUCUAUCAAGUCCGAGGACGAAGACGCCAUGGCGCUCAGCAUGAUUGGCAGCCAGUCGAGAACAAGAGACGGAGAUUCCAUCAUGAUGGAUCCAUUUGGAUUCCUGGACACUUUCGACAUGAUGAAUCCCGACAUGCAGUCCUACAUGAUGUACCAGCUGUUACGCCGCUGUGCUAGACCCACACUGCGUGUCGUUGCCAAUGCUGUCAACCCGGCGCUGAAAUGCGACUUUUUCUCGCAGCUACCCCUCGAACUUAGCUACCACGUCAUGUCCUACCUCGACUUUCGGGAUCUGUGCCGGGCCGCCCAGGUAUCGAAACAUUGGCGUAAUAUCGUGGAUCGCAAUGAGACUGGGUGGAAGGAACUUUUCGACAGAGAUGGAUUCGAGCUUCCCGCGGGAGAGCUCAACAAGGCCAUUGCUCAAGGCUGGGGCUGGCAGGAUCCUGUUGGGCACAUGGGCGUUGAGAAGGAUUUGAGCAUGCAUAGGCGUCUAACUACCUCGGAGCAAGAGCUUACAAAGGCCCUGCCACCGCCAGCACCCAAAACCCGACUUUCGAAGCGCAAGCGGGCUCUCAACGCCCACCCCUCGAGCGAACGAUCGAAGCGUAGGGCCAGCGCACAGGAAGCGCUGUCUAGAGAGGAGAAGGCCCAGGUCGAGGUCAAGCAGCACCGGAGCGCAGGCCCGCUGUCGGCUGCGAAUGCCGCCGCUUCGGCCGUGCCCGACCCUCAUCUUGGCCUGCCCAGCCUCCGCGAGCUGCACUUGUUCAAGUCGCUGUACCGUCGUCACCACAUGAUACGCCAGAGCUGGAUGAGCGGCAAGGUGAAGCCUUCGCAUGUGGCGUUCGCCGCGCACCCGCGCCAUGUUAUCACUUGUCUCCAAUUCGACGACGACAAGAUCAUUACCGGCAGUGACGAUACCUUCAUUCACGUCUACGACACAAAGACGGGUAAGCUCCGCAACAAACUGUUCGGCCACGAGGGUGGCGUGUGGGCUCUGCAAUACGAAGGGAACAUCCUCGUGUCGGGUUCCACGGACAGGACUGUCCGCGUCUGGGACAUUGAGCGUGGCGUCUGCCAACAGGUGUUCCACGGCCACACUAGCACUGUGCGCUGCCUGCAGAUCCUCAUGCCCGCCAAGACUGGUACAGGCCACGAUGGCAAGGCUAUAAUGCAACCAGAAAAGCCGCUGAUUAUCACGGGCUCGCGAGAUAGUCAGUUGCGAAUCUGGCGUCUGCCCGAGAUUGGCUCGAAGCGCUACACGCAGAGCGGCGCCCCAGCCUCGGACUCGGAGUGCCCCUACUUCAUCAGGGCACUGCACGGGCACACGCAUUCCGUCCGCGCCAUCUCCGCGCACGGGGACACGUUGGUGAGCGGGUCAUACGACAGCGUGGUCCGUGUCUGGCGCAUCAGCACAGGCGAAUGCCUCCACUCAUUACACGGGCACUCUCAGAAGGUGUACUCGGUCGUACUUGAUCACGAGCGCAAUCGCUGCAUCUCUGGCUCCAUGGACUCGCUGGUCAAGAUAUGGGACCUGAGGACUGGAGCCUGUCUCUACACCCUGGAGGGCCACAGCUUGCUGGUAGGGCUUCUUGAUCUUCGGGACGAGCGCCUUGUCUCCGCCGCUGCCGACUCGACGCUGCGUAUCUGGGACCCCGAGUCGGGACGUUGUAAGAGCACGCUCAUGGCGCACACGGGCGCCAUCACCUGUUUCCAGCACGAUGCUGGCAAGGUCAUCAGUGGCAGCGAGAAGACGGUCAAGAUGUGGGACAUCCAGACGGGCGAAUGCGUCCAGGACCUCCUGACAGACCUGGGCGGCGUUUGGCAGGUCAAGUUCAAUGGACGGCGCUGCGUGGCGGCCGUGCAGCGAGACCAGUUCACCUACGUCGAGAUUCUCGAUUUUGGUGCUGUCCGCGAUGGGCAAGCUCCUGAAGAUCUCGGCCGUCGAAUUCUGCUUAACGAAGACGAGGUCCCAGCCAUGAUUGAAGAGGAGCCAUGA